AUGCGUCCAUAUACAGUCGACAACCGCGGAGAAUGGCAAAAUGCGGCAUGCGAUGAGCCGGCUACCGUAAUCUGUGAAAAGCGACUGCACCGUCCUGUGAUACGGUAUUGCCCAAAGCACUGGAUGUAUAUGGACGCCACGCAGUCAUGCUACCGGGCCAUCACACGCACCAAUAUGACCAUACUGGACGCGGACAAUCGAUGUUUUCAGCUGGGCGCUGAAAGCAAUCAUGACGCUAUGCUGGCCAGCAUAGGGGACGAGCUAGAGAAUCAAUUCAUUAAAGAUCUGGCUCGCGAAAAGAAUCCGCACUUUGAUUUCGUGAUGCUGGGAGCAUUCGGUCGUUCCAAUAACGGCGACAAAUGGCAAUGGAUGGAUGGGACGCCUUUCACCUACCAGAACUGGGAUCGCGGAAUGCCUUUCGGCAGACGAGCGUUGGCCGUCUUGGUGAUGAAUCGACGUGGAAAAUGGAUCAAUCACUACGCUGAUCGGAUACUAUCGCAAUUUAAUGCAGUAGCCGUAUGUAAAUUGAAACCGUAG